AGGCCAGGGGCGGGAGAAGAAGCUUAUUUUCAAGUUCAGUCGAAGAACACCCCUUGAGCUUGAACGCAGUUCCGUGAUGAUGCGCCCAGAGUCGGGCUGCCCCGCCCCGCAGGCCGACACUGCCCCCUGCGGUGACUCACGAGGGGAUGUUUAAAUGACAGGGAGGACCCAGAAGUCCCUCACUCAUGCUGCAGCCUUGAGCCCGCCGGGUCCUCCUCCUCUCCUCACCGGCUCCCUCUUGUUGACCCGGCAGCCGCGUGGAGCUGCUGGCCAUGCCACUGAAACAUUAUCUCCUUCUGCUGGUGGGCUGCCAGGCCUGGGCUGCGGGCUGGGCCUACUAUGGCUGCCCUAGCGAGUGUACCUGUUCCCGGGCCUCCCAGGUUGAGUGCACAGGGGCUCGAAUUGUAGCAGUGCCGACCCCUCUGCCCUGGAACGCUAUGAGCCUGCAGAUCCUCAACACGCACAUCACCGAAAUCCCGGAGUCCCCGUUCAUCAACAUCUCAGCCCUCAUCGCCCUGAGGAUGGAGAAGAACGAACUGUCCAACAUCAUGCCAGGCGCCUUCCGCAACCUGGGCUCGCUGCGAUACCUCAGCCUUGCCAACAACAAAAUACGGAUACUGCCUCCUGGUCUCUUCCAUGGCCUGGACAAUCUGGAAUCCCUCCUUCUGUCCAAUAACCAACUGGCUCAGAUCCAGCCAGCCCUGUUUUACCACUUUAGUAAUCUUAAGGAACUCCAGUUGCAUGGCAACAAUCUGGAAUCUAUCCCCGAAGGUACCUUUGACCACCUGGUGGGACUCACCAAGCUCAACCUGGCCAAGAACGGCUUCAGAGAUCUCUCACCUCGGGUCUUCCAGCAUCUCGGGAACCUCCAGGUGCUCCGGCUAUACGAGAACAGGCUUACGGACAUCCCCAUGGGCACUUUUGAUGCCCUUGGCAACCUCCAGGAGCUGGCCCUCUAGGAGAACCAGAUUGACACACUCUCCCCUGGCCUGUUCCACAACAACCGCAACCUCCAGAGACUGUACCUGUCUAACAACCGCAUCUCGAUGCUGCCUCAUGGCAUCUUCAUGCAGCUGCCCCAGCUUAACAAGCUCACACUCUUCGGCAAUUCCCUGAAGGAGCUCUCCCCGGGGAUCUUCGGGCCUAUGCCCAACCUGCAGGAGCUUUGGCUCUACAACAACCACAUCACCUCUCUCCCUGACAACACCUUCAUCAACCUGCCCCAGUUGCAGGUUCUGAUUCUUAGUCACAACCAGCUCAACUCCAUCUCCCCGGGAGCCUUCAACGGCUUGACGAAUCUGCGAGAGCUGUCCCUCCAUACCAACGCUCUACAGGACCUGGAUGGAAAUGUCUUCCGGGCGCUGGCCAACCUGCAGAACAUCUCCCUCCAAAACAACCGCCUCCGACAGCUCCCCGGCAGCAUCUUCGCCAACGUCAACGGCCUCACGACCAUCCAGCUCCAGAACAACAAUCUAGAGAACUUACCCUUGGGUGUCUUUGAUCACUUGGUGAACCUGUGUGAGCUUCGUCUCUAUGACAACCCCUGGAGAUGCGACUCAGAUAUCCUCCCACUUCAUAACUGGCUCCUGCUCAACAGAGCCAGGCUGGGGACACACACUCUUCCUGUGUGUUCCAGCCCAGCCAACGUCCGAGGCCAGUCUCUUGUCAUCAUCAAUAUCAAUGUCCCUGCGCCCAGUGUCCAGGGUCCUGAAGUAUCUAGUUCUAGCUACCCGGAAGUGCCACGUUUUGCAGACUCUGAUCUGUCAGGGUCAUCCAGCUAUCCCGACAGCACCUCCAUUUCCUCUACCACAGAGAUCAUCACACCCGUAGAAGACUACACCGAUCUGACUACCAUUGAAGCCACCGAUGACCGUAACACGUGGGGCAUGACCGACGCCCAGACGGGGCUGGCCAUCGCCGCCAUUGUGAUCGGCGUCAUUGCUCUGGCCUGUUCCCUAGCUGCUUGCAUCUGCUGCUGCUGCUGCAAGAGGAGGAGCCAGGCGGUCCUGAUGCAGAUGAAGGCUCCCAAUGAGUGCUAGGGAAGCAGGCUCUAACAGGGCUGGGGAAGAGUGAAACCAGAGGACCAGAGAACGGCAUCAUUCAGCUUCCAAACCUGGGCCCACACAGACAAGCUCUGACGGCCCAGGGGUAAAUUGCCCCUGUUUUGUCCUGACUCUUUUGUAGAGAAACAGGCAUUUCAAGACCUCCUACUCCCAGAGAAAUCUAAUUGGUCAUAAACAAACAAACAAACAAACAACCCCAGACCGUUCGUUCUAGGUCAAUGCCUCGGCAUCCAUCAGAGGGACCCUCCGCCAAAUCCUCACUCCUUCCAAGAACAAGCUUCCUUGCACCCAGCCCCUCCCAACCUCUGCAGACUUAAUGAUGACAAGACCUGCUCACAAUAUGAGAUAGUUCUCUGCCGGGACAGCCCGUGCCUCAAAGUAUUAUAUAAGGUGAUUUUUUUUCUCUUGCUUCUCUUUUUGCGCCGUGGCUUGACUCUGUCCCCUCCAGUGAGAGGUCUCCCUGUGUUUUUCUGCUGCCAAAGGCAGACUUAAGUUCUCUCCGUGAGAAAGUUUGGAUCUUUUAGCUCACUUCGCUGGCUUGGAGGGCACUCUGCAAGACAGAAAGACACCUCUGCUGUCUGUUCUCAGGCAAAGUUGUCAUCAGUACCUCUGACAAGUUCAGCCUUUCAGAGAAGAACGUUUAAAGCUGCAAGCUCUCCUUCGAAGAUCUUAGCCCUUUGUGAUAUAAAAUUACGCAGUUGCUAAAUUCUCAAAACAUGAAAACCAGCUCAUUGAUAAUGGCUGAAGAACACAAGCCUGGGGUUCUUGUCCUCACCCCUACACUUUCCCUUUCUCGGGAGGGAAGUCGGGGCUGUACUGAAGGAUCACAUACAUACAGAAAAGUGGGAGUGUGCUAGAGUACAUCCCGUGAAGUCUCACAAUCCGAAUAGAUAUCUUUGUGACCAGCAUGAUACCAAGAAAUGGUAUCACAGUGUCUCCACUCCAAGCUUGUUCUGAAGGACUUCUGGAGCUGCUGUGGACUUUCUGGCUUUCCACAGGCUAGGGAGGGAUCCUCACCAUCUUUCCUACCCCUCCGUGGCCCAGCUGUCAGGAGUGAAAGAGAUGGAGGUACAGUCAGAACAAGAGGCAACCAAGCUGGCCAGACCAGAAGCAUCCGAACUACAGUAGCCUGUGCAAGCAUGCAUCCUCCCUGCCAACAAACCCUGUGCUGCUCAUCAGUGCCCCUCUAUUCAUCCUUUUAUGGGUAUUAUAUGCCCAUAUCUGUUUCCAAUUUUUGUUCUCCAUUUGGGGGAAGAAAAAAUAGCUCCGAGAUGAGAUCUUCCAAUUGAAUAACCAAGUGUAAUGGAAACCAGGAAUCCUUCUGCACUGUGGUCAAAUUCUUCAUCCACAUGAGUCAGCUGGUAGCUAGACUACAGGGUAUUCACAGGCAACAGAUAGCAGGGCAUGCUGGGAGGUCACAUGAGGGUGUGGGCUGGCUCUGCAGAACCUUCUGUCUAGGUUCUGGUUAUGAGCUGAAUGGUUUAGUUUAGAGUUUUCUCUUUGAGUGACAGUCACACUGCAUCUGCCCUGGCUGUGUUUCUUGCCACACAUGUGUCUAUUUCCACACUUUAAACAGUUACGAGCAAGGUGGCAAAGCUCUCUCAGGACAAAUGAUACACCUGUGCAGAAGCAAAGGCAUCGAAAUGACCGAACACAGUGGCGCACACCUUUAAUCCCAACACUCGGGAGACAGAGGCAGGCAGAUCUCUGAGUUCGAGGCCAGCCUGGUCUACAGAGUGAAUUCCAGAACAGCCAGGGCUAUGUAGAAAGACCCUCCCUCAAAAACCAAACAAACAGUGAAACAGAGAAUGUCAGUUUUUCCUAUCAAAGAGAGGAGGACGUCAGCUGACCACAGGGAUCUGGUAAUGUAUCUCCAACCUGCAGUGGUGCUUACAGGGCAAAUGAGAAGUCCCUUUGAGUCUUGGCAACAGAGAGCUUCCAGGAUAUCCAGGCCUCCCCUCCAGUUCCCCUAACAGAAUAGUCCAGAAGGAAUGCGUGUGAGAACCUGCACACCCUGCCCCAGGGAAUCUGAUGUCAGUCAAAAGCUGUCAUCUCCCCAAGGCCAACCCAAAGUGUUUGCAAAGUAUCUAUAGCAUCUGGUACACAUGGACCAAGGCUGUCCCCAACUCCAGAGUGAGUGUGAGCACGGUUCUGCUGACUGUGACCCGCUGGUGGGCCUUGAGGUGAAGAGAGGGAGCUGGGCCUGCUUUAUGACACAUGGAAGCUGGGCAUAGUACUGUGUUCUCCAGAACAACCAUUUGAUGCUCCUUGUGAGCUAUGUCCAGCCUGAGUGGGCUAGGGGUGAAGAGAGGUGGAAUCCACAGCAUCCAGUGUCCCCUGCCAGUUUUAACCUGGAACCACUGGCCACUUCUGACAUUGGCCGUGACAGUGAUAUAUCUGGCUGGCCCAAAGGCUGGGCUGGAGGCAGUUAGCUGUCUUCUAACGGCCUGCCUGGGAGCUCACAGGUAGUGAGUGAGGAGUACAGCUGCUGGUGACGUGGGAGCCUUUUCCUUUCCCCCCGCUACAGUGUCCAGAUAGAGUCAUCAGACCUGCUCCUUACUGAUGGGCCUUUCGGUUUUUCUCCAUCUUCUGGUCAGAGAGGGAGAUGCUGGGAACACUGGGUGGAGGGCCCUUUCCAAUAGGAUAAUGCAUCUUGCUCAAUUCUUGGGGCUGGAAUGAGCUCUGUGGUCCCUAGACGUCUGUGGUAUGGUGCGGAGUUCAGCUCACUUGCCCUCUGUGCUCACUGGUUUCUGGACUACCGUCACCAGCAUUUCUGUGGGGAGGGGAGGGAAGUCGGGGCUGUAAGAAAGCCAAUAGGGGCCAGCUAGAGCCACUGCGCUAACGGAUGUUGGGGCCUGGGUGCCCUUCAAGGCUCUCAACGUGCAUUCUCCUUCGAACCCUCUUGACUCCUGGUGAAAUUUAUCCCACCUGUAUCCUUUUGUGUUGGGGCCUUUUCUUCGCAGUGCCCAACAGACAAACUCCGUACAAAGCCUCAUGGGCUGUCUAGGGCUUUCAUCAGGAGACCAAAGGAAACAGGCUGUACACAUACAGCUGGGUUCUUGGAGUUUCUCACUGGCAGCCACACAGUUCAAUGGGCAUCCAGGUGGAACUGCAGAAUCCACUUCCAGCCUUGGGAAAGACAUAGAAAAGUAAGCCAAUAACCUGAGUCAGGAAGCAGGCCUUGUGUGUAUCCUAGACUUAGCUCCAAGCUACUCUAAGGUUCAGCCCCAGACCCCAUGGUCAGAACCAGAUCUGGCCAUUGAAUGAUGAUGAUCUGAAGGAAGCCACCAGUGUGGUUCAGACAGAGAGGGCAGCAGGAAGCUUCUGGGUGAAGCACCACCCAGUCCCAGGGCCCUUCCCCUAAGCAAAGAGUGAGUGUUCUUGCCUCCCACUGCCUUUGCUCUGCGUUCUAGAGCAGUCACGCUUGCUUUAUUAGACGAUCUUUGCAAAUAGUGCCAGAUGCUUGGAAUUGCGUUUAGAGAUUUCUAGGCCCCUGGUGUUUUAUAGAAUGUGAGUCCUGGUGGGCAGGGUUGGGGGUCUGUCCUUUGCUAGAUGCCGCUUGUGAUAGAUUUGGCGUACAGAAUCAACAAUAAACAUAUA